GGUAAACCCGCUCCCGGGGCUGAGCUCCGGCCUGGCCGCGCGGGGCUGGGCGCUUGGCGGGGGGCCCCCGGGACAGCCCGGUAGAGUUCGUUUGGGGCUGGGGGCUGGGCGCGAGGAGAUGACUCGCGUUUCCUUCUGACCCUUUUAUUGUGUAAACUCGGCCGCGGCGGCCGCAGGAAGGCUAGCCCGAGGGUGAUCGCGCAGGUGAGGCCCCGCGGGGCGGGCGGAGCUCCCGGCGCGGCGCCGGGGUCCUGAAGAGCUUCGUGCGCCCGCGCACCCGGACCGAGGAUCUCCGUACCGGCCACUGCGGAGGGGCCACUGUUCCCAGCGGUGGUUUUUUUUUUUUACAAAGGGCGUUUUGAAAACGGAGCAGUAGCCGCAGCAUCAGCGGCAAGCCUGUUGAAAGAACCCACAAGUGUAUUUCACAGCACCCUGGGUGGAAAUUGAAUGUGAAAAUGAAGCCAGACCGAGAUACUUUAGAUGAAUAUUUUGAAUAUGAUGCAGAGGAGUUCUUGGUCUCUUUGGCCUUGUUAAUAACAGAAGGACGAACACCAGAAUGUUCUGUAAAAGGUCGCACAGAAAGUUUCCAUUGCCCUCCAGCACAGUCCUGUUACCCAGCAACUACCAAACAUGAAUGCAGUGACAAGCUGGCUCAGUGUCGCCAAGCCAGAAGAACUAGGUCUGAGGUCUCAUUGUUGUGGAAGAACAACCUUCCAAUCAUGGUGGAAGUGAUGCUACUACCAGACUGCUGCUACAGUGAUGAUGGACCCACCACAGAAGGGAUUGAUCUUAAUGAUCCUGCAAUUAAGCAAGAUGCAUUAUUAUUAGAAAGAUGGAUAUUGGAGCCAGUUCCUCGACAGAGUGGUGAUCGAUUUAUUGAAGAAAAGACUCUUCUAUUGGCUGUCCGCUCAUUUGUGUUUUUUUCUCAAUUAAGUGCUUGGCUGAGUGUUUCUCAUGGUGCUAUUCCACGAAAUAUUCUUUACAGAAUCAGUGCUGCUGAUGUAGACCUGCAGUGGAAUUUUUCACAGACUCCAAUUGAACAUGUGUUUCCUGUUCCUAAUGUUUCUCACAAUGUGGCCUUGAAAGUCAGCGUGCAGUCCUUGCCCAGACAAUCUAAUUACCCAGUGUUGACCUGUAGUAUUCACACUAAUAUUGGCCUUUAUGAGAAAAGAAUUCAAGAACAUGAACUUAAAGCCCAUCAGCACCGCAAUUCUAAUGAAGCUGAACAAUGUAGUACAAAUAGUUCACAGCGUCUGUGUAGCAAACAAUCUUGGGCCCUGGCACCUGAAAACGCAAAAAAUGGCACAACUUCAGAGUAUACUGCAGCUGUCAAAAAUGUCAAACUGUAUCCAGGCACUGGCAAUAAAUCUGACUAUGGAACAUGUCAAGCUAAUAUUCUGGGCUUCAGUGGUAGAGGAGAUAGAAAGUCACACGAAACACCAGUGAGAACAUUAAAAUCAUUUUCAAUGAUUGAUUCCAGUGUAUCUAGCCACCAGAGUUCCUGGCCAUCAGUUGGUGAGACUAAUCCUUUAAUAGGUUCUUUAAUUCAGGAUCGACAAGAAGUUAUUGCAAGAAUUGCUCAGCAUUUGAUUCAUUGUGAUCCAAGCACUUCACAUGUUCCUGGACAUCCAUUUAAUAUGCAAGAGUCUAGUUCACUUAAUUCAAAACUUUUCCGGGUUGCACAAGAAAAUGAAAACGUGAGAAAAUGUAAAGAACCUUUCUCCAUUUCUUUUGGUAGUCCGGAGCUUUCCUCCUCAGAAGAUACCAGCGAGGGAAAAAUUCAAGUAAAAACAGAAACUCUUCGAAGUGCAACUGGCAUUUCUGAUGGUCUUUAUUCUCGUCAGUCUGUUGGUGAGACUAAUCCUUUGAUAGGCUCCUUACUCCAAGAGCGGCAAGAUGUUAUCGCAAGGAUUGCUCAACACUUGGAGCAUAUUGAUCCAACAGCAUCACAUUUGUCCCGGCAGUCAUUCAACAUGCAUGACUCCAGUUCGGUUCCUUCUAAGGUGUUUAGGAGUUUGUAUGAAGAUAAAAAUUUGUUGAAGAAAAACAAGGAUGACACUUCCAUUUCCAUUUCUAAUACAAAAUUUUCCUUUUUGGAAGAUAGCAGUGAAGGGACAAACUUAAUACCCAAAAAAUCAUUGAGUUCUUUUAAAUGCGAUAGUAAAGUCAAGUCCUCUUUGAAACCUCAAAUAAGAAAUCUGUAUCAGGACAAUCCUAGUGAAAUCAUCCAAAAUACAUUUCAAGAGAGACAGAACAAAACCGCUGGUAUAUUGACUCCCUCAAAUAUGCCUCACUGCAAAAAAAAUAACUUAGAUUUGACAGUCAGAUUGGAAAAUACACUUUCUGAGUGUCAAUUUAAGGAGCAAGAAAUUAGCAAUGAAACUGAUAAACAGUAUUCAAAUUGCAACAAUAUUGAAAAACAAAUUUGUACAAAUAAAUAUAAAGAAAAAAUAAAAAAUGAAAAUUGUAAUCCAGAAUCUUUUAACAAUGAUCAAUUUGAGGAUUCUAAGAAAAAUGACUCAAAAAUAAAAACUGCUAUGUUGGAAAUGUCUGGAUAUUUGAACAAACAUGAAAACAAGUGCUCAAAUAAAGACUUUAAAAGGCCCAAAACAUGUGAGCAAAAUAAUCAACUUAAUAGUAUAGAAAAUUAUCUCAGUAAUAAUGAAGUUUUCAAAUGCAAAAAGCCAGACCAAUUAAAAAAUGAACAGGAUAAGAAAGAAGAGACAAUUGAUGAAAAAUUUCAAAACUGUUCUCAGAGAAAGAAUAUAAAAAACUGUUUGUCUACAUGUGAACGAUUAAAAAGUACAGAGGCACUGCAGAAGACUAUACCACUGAAACAUUCAAGUGUCUGGCGGAAACAUAAUUUUCAUUCCUUAGAUGGAAUCUCAACGAGAGCCUUUCAUCCUCGAACUGGAUUGCCUCUUCUUUCAAGUCCUGUUCCUCAAAGAAAGACACAAUCAGGUUGCUUUGAUUUGGAUUCUUCAUUACUGCAUCUGAAAAGCUUAUCGUCUAGAAGUCCUCGACCAUGUUUAAACAUUGAAGAUGAUCCAGAUAUUCAUGAAAAACCAUUUCUGAGUUCUAGUGCUCCACCUAUUACAAGUCUUAGUCUCUUAGGAAAUUUUGAGGAAUCUGUCUUAAACUAUCGGUUAGAUCCUCUUGGCAUUGUUGAUGGUUUUACUGCUGAGGUAGGGGCAAGUGGUGUUUUCUGCCCCACACAUUUGACUCUUCCAGUCGAAGUGUCAUUCUACAGUGUUUCAGAUGAUAAUGCUCCCUCUCCUUAUAUGGGUGUGAUUACUUUAGAGUCCCUUGGUAAAAGGGGUUAUCGAGUACCUCCUUCAGGAACGAUACAAGUGACCUUAUUUAAUCCUAAUAAGACUGUGGUGAAGAUGUUUGUUGUGAUAUAUGACUUACGAGAUAUGCCAGCCAAUCAUCAGACAUUCCUACGACAAAGAACUUUUUCUGUACCUGUUAAACAAGAGAUGAAGAGAAGUGUUAAUAAAGAGAACAUCCGACAUACAGAAGAACGGUUAUUACGCUACCUCAUACAUCUGAGGUUCCAGAGUUCUAAAUCUGGAAAGAUCUACCUCCAUAGAGAUGUACGGCUCCUGUUCUCAAGAAAGUCCAUGGAAGUUGAUAGCGGUGCUGCAUAUGAACUCAAAUCUUACACUGAAUCGCCAACAAACCCUCAGUUUUCACCAAGAUGUUGAUAAGGAGUGACAAUUUAAAGUAUUCGCUCAGUACCCAAGUUUGAAAGUAAAAAUUAGUGUAGAACGGAGUGUACCAAUUAACAACCAGGAGAGUGGAUCCUCUCCUGUUAUCCUGGACCAGUUUUUAUUAAAGGAUUCCUGGAAUGAGAUCCACAUAUUCCAAGUAGACUGGAAACACUCAUGUCCUAAUAAUCCUUUUUGUACUGUUGAAACCACUUCAUUGGACGUGUUGCAAUAGCAAAAAUCCCCCCAGUUAGAUUAGUGUUUACACAUUUUAUUUCUCAGUUAUUUAAUAUUUAAUGUUUUCCUUAAUACUCAAGUGAUGUUUGUCUCUAGUGUUCUAAUGUAGCACAAAUCCUAUGUAAAAUCAUACUAUGUAUUUUUGACAUUAAUGUUGAAAUCCAAAAUAUAUGCACAAGUCUUUAAUUUUG